AACAGCUACGUUGAACGUGAGUCAGGACCUCGGAGGACGCACGUUUGCGCAGAACAGGUUGUAAAGGGUAAAUGAAGUGAAACAGACAUGUUUGCGUUAACGUCCGUCCUGAGGACGAGCAGCUUUCGGUCCUGCAGCCGGCUGAGCUGCCUAAGGAAACCUCCACUCCACAGAAUCUCCUCUAAAAUGUCGUCAGACUCUCAUUGGCUGAGCCCGACGGACCGGGAUCAGCUGGUGAUGGAGCUCCGGGCGACGGGCUGGAUGGAGGUGGAGGACCGCGACGCCAUCUUCAAGGAGCUGCACUUUAAAACGUUUAAUCAGGCGUUUGGCUUCAUGUCUCGAGUCGCUCUGCAGGCGGAGAAGAUGAACCAUCAUCCAGAGUGGUUCAACGUUUAUAAUAAGUGUGCUUCUGUUUCCUCAGGUCCAAAUUACUCUGACCACUCAUGACUGUGGAGGGAUUUCUAAACGGGACGUCAAAAUGGCCAAAUUUAUUGACAAAAUUGCUCUUUCAAUGUAAUGUCUUCAGACGUUGUCCUGAAGUGUAAUUUUUAGUAAGUCAGAGUUUUUCCACAUCAUUCUUUUGUUUACUAUCAAUAAAAUGUGUGAAAAUGGACCAAAAUGAGGUUUUUCCUUCAGAGGCCUGAUUCUGGUUUUUCGGGUGGAAAGAUUGUAGAUUUGAUCCAUUUUAUCACCGACUGCCUGAUUUUGGCAGCAUUUUUCCUUGCAGAAGGUAAUAAAAUAAAUUGCGAAUACUUUUUCUGCGUAGGACUUGGCAGGAAACGACUUGUUCCUGACUCCGUCCUCCUACAGUCGUAUUUUUUUAUUUUGGCUUCGCAGGUUGGAGCAAAGCGAAGGACCCCUUGAACUUUUCCCUCUUUUUAUGUAUUUAUUGGGAUUCAUUGAUAGACCAACACAAAGUGGUGCAGAACUGCGAAGUGGAAAAAAAAAUGAUUUUUCAUUUUUGAUUUUUACAUUUGCAUUCAAUCACUUUCACUUCUAUUCCUGUAAAUAAUUUCUGGGGCAAACAAUUGGAUAAACUGCAUGAAACAUCAUUUUAAACUGUUAUUCUGCUGGUUGGGAAAAAGUCUGACUUUAGAAAAUAAAAUUUGAGUCUUUUUAGGAUUAAAUCUGGAUUAAAGCAGCUUUUCACUCAUUUUAUUCACCAACCUGGUUUCAUCACAUGCAGAUGAAACUGGAACAACUUGGAGAAAAAUGUUUUCAAAACUUUAAUCACAUUUUUUAACAGAUUUCAUUUAAACAUUUCAAACACGAAUGUUCCAGAUUUUAUCAUUUAUGUUUUAACGUAUCGUAGAAAUUUACAGCUGAUAUUUUACACUCAUUUUUUAAAACUUGCUUAAGUUGAAAAGAAGAAGAAAUUUUUUUAUUUGUUUCAUGUUUUGAUCUUGGAGUUUAACUUCAGGAUGGCAGGAAAAUGUCCAUGAAAAAGAUCCACGUGUUUGAGUUUUUCUUUAUUAUGAAGCCAAAUGUUUUUUAUUUAUGUCUUGGAAACAAAAAGAUAAACUAACUGCAGCGUUUCACGUUUGGCACAACAUCUACUUGCUGCUUGUUUUCCUUAAUCUCGCUCCUGUCCCUCCGGCCAAAAGGCAGCAACAAUUUAUCUUUACUACUAGAAACACAAAAAUAAAGAAAUGGUUUUAAAUGAGUUCAUCAGUCACAGAUAAUUAUUUAAAAAGCCAAAUCCAGAUUUGAAUCUGAGAAAAUUGGAUUUACGAUUACAGUACGAAACAUUUAAACUUUCUGCUUUUGUUGAUCUAAACACUGAAAGCAGAUUUAAUUCUUUCACCCCCUCCAUCAGUUAUGAGCCACAAAAUAACUCGGACUUUUCAGUCCUUUAUUUUGGGAAGGUGAUCAACGUUACGGCGGCGGCAGCAGAUUACCUGGUGCUGUUUACAGUAACCAGAGUAAAAGAUGAACGUUAGCAUUAGGCUAACAGGCCGGCAAUAGACAGGAAUUCUUAAACAUUGUGAGUAUUUAGCAGUAAAAUAAACUUACAUGAACGGACAAUACUGAAGCCUGAUUAGAUCCGUGUGUCGCAUCUAAAUACGUCCGGGUGGAAAGCAGACAUCCACCCACAAAUCCCAGUUUUUCUGAGAUUGGAGUGAAGACCUGAGCAUCAUCUGCAUAAUUAUCAUAUCUGAUCUUAUUCCUGUCAGUAAUCCGAGCUGGUCGGAGCUUCUAGAUAUUAAAUAACAUGGACUCCAGGACAGAACCCUGAGGAACCCCACAUGUGAUUUCUGUCAGAAGUUACUUAUAAACACGAAGAACUUCCUGUUCUUCAGGUUCUGUUAGGAAUCAGACUUUCUGAAUAUUUACAUAAAUUAUGUAAUUUGUAUGGUCACAAAAUGUUCUGCUUUUUCCCUCAUUGUUUCAUCGGUUGGUGUACAUGUUGGCUCAUCUGUGAACAUUUUCAUUUAUUUUUGUGAACAGAAAUCAGACAAAUGUUGUUUUAGUUCUUCCCAAGCCGACGCUCCUUCAUGAAAACAGAACCAGUGAGUUCAGGUGUUUUUAAUGGUUUCCAGCUCUUGCAGCUCAUCUGUAUUGUUUCAACUGAACACAUGUUCUUCUUGUCCCUAAUUCAAACAGAAGAGCCAAAUGUUCACUGGUUGCCAGUUAAAAUGCUGGUUUCCAUAAUGAUGAUACCAGGAUGGGAAAGAAGAGAUCAGAGUUCUGUUACGAUGGAAAAUCUGCAACAUUUUCAGAUCUAUUAUAUCUAUGUGCAAUUAUUAAUUAUGUUACAUCAGGUUUUUAUUGUCUUCUAGCCUACGUCAUGUUGUCAGACAUGUUCUAUUAAAAUGAAGAGAAACUAAA